CGCCCAUUGAAAACAACAACACAGUCACAGAGAACAGAUAAUAAACUUGAUAAACUAGAUGGUUUCCGUCAAAUACUAGUUAUUUUUAAGAUGAGUGAUGUCAGUAAACUAGCUGGAAUAGAAAGUUCUGCUAUAAGUCUGCUAACAAGAGCUGUAGAGUUAGAUAGUAAUAAAAGAUACGAGGAAGCUGUCACUUGCUAUCAAGAAGGAUUACAGCUGCUCUUAGAGGUUCUAAAAGGUACAAAGGAUGAAUCCAAAAAACACAGAUUCCGUGAUAAAAUUCAAGAAUAUAUGUCAAGGGCCGAAGAGCUAAAAACAUUGGUUAAACAAGAAAAAGAAGAUGGAAAAUAUCAUGAACAGAUUCAUAUUGAUAAUGGUUCUAAAGGAAAUAGUUAUGAAAAGUUAUUCUCAAGAUUUUUUGAUAAUAAUGUUACCUCUGUUGAAAUUGAAGAUCCUUAUAUUAGAUCCACACAUCAGAUCUAUAAUUUAUUGAGAUUUUGUGAAUUGGUUGUGAAAUUAAAGUGUCCUGUUAGAACAAUAACAUUAACAACUAGUAGAGAUGAGAAUACCCAGAAACAAGAACAGAAUCUUGGACAAGUUAAGAAUGGUUUACAGCAUCAUGGUAUUGAGUUAAUUAUCCAGUAUUCUACCACAUUACAUGAUAGAGAAAUUAGGUUAGAUACAGGCUGGGUGAUAAAAAUAGGACGUGGUUUAGACAUUUAUAAAGGUGUAGAUAAAUUUGCUGUUGGUUUCUGUGAUUUUGAUCUUAGGCCGUGCCAUGAAACUACAAUAGAUGUAUUUCAUAGGAAAAACAUGAAAGGAAGUUGA